AUGCACAAUGUUAGUUAAUUUAAUGAGAAAUAAUUAUGUAUUAGAAAAAUUCUAGAAGCUUUUCUAAUGUUUUAAUUAAGUCAUAAUAGUUAGGAAAAAUCGGUUUAAGAAAUAAUAUAUACACAAUACUCACAAUUAUUUAAUGGACUCUCAAAUCAAUUCUUCAUCUGUCUCUUCAUCGAUUAUCAGAAGUUAGCUUUGUUUUAUUUGUUAAUUCUUUCUGUAUUUUUUAAUUAAAUAUAAAAAAAAGAAAGAGAGUUAUUCUACACUGAUAGUAAAAGGAAUAUCAAAUUCAUUCCUAAUUAUUAGAUCUUUAAGUAUGAGUUUCUCUUCCUCAUUAACAAGUUUAAGCUCGCUUAAGGAGUGUAAUGUUUAAAAACACAUUCUAAAAAAGAAUUCAUUUAUCAUUUCUGA